AUGCAGGGAAAGACGCUACCCGCAGGCAAUACAAUCAACAGCUUCCUCAGCGGUGAACAGAUUCCAGAAGGCAAGGUAUCGACCUAUGCUGCGCUGGCCAAGGUCCUUAAAAGCAGCCCACGAGCCGUCGGUGGAGCGCUACGCAGCAAUCCGUUCGCACCAGAGGUGCCUUGUCAUCGGGUACUUGCGAGCACUGGAUUUAUCGGAGGCUUCAAGGGCGACUGGGAGAAGGUGCCGAGCGGACAAAACCAGACGUCAAAAAGGAAACUCCUCGCUUCUGAGGGCGUACAGCUUGACGAGACUGGCUAUUUGAUAGACAAGUCGUGCUGGUGGGACAAAUUCGAUGUCUCGUAG